AUGGUGUGUGGGAGCCCUGACCACUCAGCCCGGCACCAGCAGGUGCUCACCAAGCAGCUGCCACUACUAGGACCCAGUGAAGGCAGAUGUGUCUUCUUCAACUACAACCGUGGGCACAGAAAGACCCCAGAGUUUUACUCAUCCAACCUCGCUCCUCUCUGGGCUGGCUGCUUCUCUGACCCAGGUGUCGUGGACAAGGCUCUCAAAUACCUGGAGGACAGCAAGAUCCUGACCUACCAGUAUGGGAUCCCGACCUCUCUCUGGAAGACAGGCCAGCAGUGGGACUUCCCCAAUGCUUGGGCCCCCCUGCAGGACUUGGUCAUCAGAGGUCUGGCCAAGUCUCCUUCACCCAGGACCCAGGAAGUGGCUUUCCAGCUGGCGCAGAAUUGGAUCCGAACCAAUUUUGAUGUCUACUCCCAAAAGUCAGCCAUGUACGAGAAGUAUGACAUCAGCAACGGUGGACAGCCGGGUGGCGGAGGGGAGUAUGAAGUUCAGGAGGGGUUUGGCUGGACCAAUGGAGUGGUCCUGAUGCUCUUGGACCGCUACGGUGACCGGCUGAGCUCAGGGACCCAGACAGCUUUCCUGGAGCCCCACUGCCUGGCAGCUGCCCUGUUGCUUAGCCUCCUGCUCAGCUUCCUGCCACAGUGAUGGGCCUCAGUGCCCCGUCUGCCUUCAGUUCCUCCUCUGGCUCCAGCUGCUGCCUCAUUAAACUUGUGCAUGAGUC